GAAUUUUUCUUUGAUUUAAAAGCUGGAGAUAAUUUAGACGCUGGAGAAGGUUUUGGGAGUGUUAGGGAGCGAGGACUUGGCAACACUGGAGUCAGCUGAUAGUGUAAACAGAAUUUUUCUAUGACGGCAGUAAAAAAAUGGCUGAAGCAGCCCAUAAAAGGUGUGCUUCUUGAUAUUACUGGAGUCCUUUAUGAAUCUGGGGAAGGCUUUGGUACUGCCAUACCAGGCAGUGUUGAUGCUGUAGCAAGGUUAAGGAAGGCUGGCAUUCCAGUACGAUUUGUGACAAAUGAAACGUGUGCCACUCAGGCGGAUGUGGUUAAGAAGCUUCGUCAUCAUAAUUUUAGCUUGUCUGAAGCAGAUAUUUUCAGUCCAGUUCCAGCAGUCAUCUCAAUUUUAAAAAACCAAGGGCUGGUUCCACAUAUAUUGGUCCAUCCUGCUAUUGAGCUGGAGUUUAAGGACAUGGUGACUGGGACUCCAACGUGUGUAGUAAUUGGGGAUGCAGACGAAGCAUUUUCAUUUGCUAAUAUGAAUGCAGCAUUCAGGGUAUUGAAGACCAUGGAAAAGCCAAAGCUUUUUGCCCUUGGCUAUGGGAAGUACUACAAGCACAAGGACCAGUUGCAACUAGAUGUUGGAGCUUUUGCAAACGCACUGGAGUUUGCCUGUGACAUCAAGAGUGAAGUGGUUGGUAAACCUUGUCUGUCAUUUUUUAGUGCAGCAUUAUCAGACAUUGGAAUUACACCAGAAGAGGCUGUGAUGAUAGGAGAUGAUAUCGUGUCUGAUGUUGGUGGUGCCCAGAAGUGUGGCAUCAGAGGUGUGCUGGUUCGCACUGGCAAGUAUACUGACAGCUGUGAAAAUCAUCCAACUGUAAAACCUGACUUUAUUGCCAACAAUCUCUUAGAAGCUGUUGACAUGAUAAUUGAAGCUCAUGAUAAUACAUUUUUGUGAUUUUAA